AUGGAUGAUGAUAUGAGCCAGUAUUAUUUUACGGCAUCUAUGAACUCCGGCAAAACACUCUGCAGCUUGCUGAAAGCUAUUCAGUUUCAAGAGUCUGCAGUAUUCUGUGCCCUUGCGGAAGGACUAAAGUUAACUGUUGAGGAAGGGAAGUGCGUGCAGGCCUCUGCUUAUGUCCCGGCAGACAACUUCACGGAGUACCAUGUUAGGAGUGAUGUUGAUGUCAUGUUUAAAAUAAGUAUAGCAGUGUUAGCAGAGUGUCUCAAUAUUUUUGGGUCAGGAGAAGAAUCUAGUUUGAAAAUGUAUUACAGAGGGGAGGGAUAUCCUCUUCUUCUUGUUUUACAGCCACAAUCCCUAACAAAUGUAAUGACGGACUGCGAGAUAUCAACCCAGACCGCUGACUCAGUGCUAGAGCUCCGAGACGAAGAUUCGUCAGAAGUGGCCAAGCUUGUGUUGAAGGCGCCCGCGUUCCUGGGCCUGCUGGCUGACUUGGAGCGCUCCUGUGAUAUCAUGGAGUUGCAGCUCUCGCCGGAGCAUCCGAAUGUCAGCAUUGUUACAUAUGGAAUGCAGGACAGAUCCUGUAUCGACAUGCCCAAGUCCUCUGAGAUGGUGCAGAGCUUCAGUUGCGAAGAAGCCGUCACGCUGAAAUACCAGCUGCACCACAUCCGGCUCAUCAUGAAGGCCCUCGCCAUCUCUACUAAGGUGGUGGUAAGGUGUAGCUCCAAUGGUCUCCUGUUGCUGCAGUUAAAACUAGAAAAAGAGGAUCAGCGACAGAUGUUCUCAGAGUUCUAUAUAGUGCCCUUACUGGACGACUGAACUUGUAGGUCUGAGUUGACUAAACUGUAACUUUGGUGGUAACUACUGGGAUUUUUUUUCUGUUGUUACCAGUGGGUACGGGUAUGAAAAAUAAUCCCAGUUGUUACCACUGAUAACAACUUGGUGGUAACUAAGCGGGAAUAACCCGAUUUAGCCAGUUAAGUGAGGUUAAAAUCCACUUAUUAUAAAUUUGUAAUAUCUAACGAAAAAGACGUAUUUUAAAACGAUGGCAGCGCCAUCUGCGUAGAGCUUGGCGCGGUAUCCUCAUUAUUUGAAUACCGAGUUGGCAGAGUUGUUCCAAGCUGUAUGCAGAAUAGCAGUUUAUAUAAAAAAUAAAACGACAUUUUGCAAAAUAUAAUUAUAUUUCAUUUACUAAAAAUGACAUGCACUUACAUAAGGAAUGUAUAUUACGUUUAGUAUGUAUAUUUCCAUCAGCUAUUUAUAUAAAUGUUCUCUGAGCGUUACCAGGGGCCAUUUUAUUUAAAAUCUGUAUUUCUACUCGGAAUCACGAGCUUUUUCGAUCCCAACAGGAAAAAAAGUGUGCCAUGAUUUAAUUCAUUCCAAUCCGUUACCAUUUUACAUAGAGAUUGUAUGGUGGCAACGGAAUGGAGGUAAUAAAAAAUGUAUGGAAAUUUUGGGACAGUUUUUUACUCCUAUUAAGAUCGAAAGGGCUCGAGAUUCUUAGUAGAAAUAACAUAAAAUAUACCCAAAUAAAAAAAAUUGUAAUACAGCUUUAAAUAAUAUGGCCCACCUUAUUGAAGCAAAUUAUCGUAUUUUAUUUUAUCGUGGAGUCUUACAUUCAGACUUUUAUUUAUUUCAAAUUGUCAAACAGUUCCUUAAUUAAAUAGUUCAAUUUCGAUAUUUUUCCCAACAAAUUCGUUAACAUUAUUAGUAAUGUUAAUAAGUUAACUUAUACUUUCAAUUCCAACAACAUUUAUUUUUUAAUAAAUGGUGCAUCUAGCAGAAAUAUUAUUGUAAAUUUAAAAUUAAGAUUUAAGGGUUUUUAAAAAGGUCAGAUUCCAAAUCAUGUGCUGCUACGUAACAUUAAGUUUUAGGAGACCCUCUCUAAGUUUUUAAUUGGUUUAGAAUCGGAUUCCACAAAUUUUGAAAAAAAAAAACAUUGUAAGUAGGUAAUAUGGGUAAGUGUGGCUGCGGGAUAAGCGUGCCAACCUAGAAAACAUUAUCCAAUGAUCCAAUGCCAUAAUUUUUUUCCAGAAUCAUAAUACCUACUGUACGGAGACUUUGAAAUUGUUAUAAAUUGUAUUUCGCAAUCCAAAUGCACACGCAUUUUUAUCUGCGUUCUUAACGAUUCUACAAUUUCUGCUAAAUGCAUCCACAAUUAAUAUUCGUUAUUUUGUUUUAUCCUAUUUAAACAACUCGCAUUACGCUGUAACGUCUGGCUUGGGAAAAAAAACUGCACAGAAAACACCAAACGACACUAAAUUCAAUUUAUC